AUCUUUUUAGGCAAUCAUUAUCAAGGAAAAGAAAGAUGUUGCGGUCAAAGCAUUUGACCUCCGUGUAGACGCGCAAUGCCGUAAUGAUGCACAACACUACAAAUAAAUAAGCAGCGGACGAGCGAGCAAUAACUGCCAACGGCGUAACAAACACCACCGGCCACUAUUCACAGUUUCUCCGGUCCAUGUUUUAGUCCUCAGUUGAAAUGCAUUGGUUGUCCGACGGUCUUCCGGUCUUCUCCUCACGUCGCAUUGUCGGAUCUCGCCACCGUACCUGCUCCACGAAGCACCACUACCUCAUCGAUAACGACGUUGUUCCGGCACCUUCUCGUUCUCUCUCUACGCCACACAUUUUGCCUCUACCUGAAUUAAAAACUCUAUUCAGACGAGAUUCCUGUCCUGAAUCUGCCGCUGAUCGGAAAUCUGACUACAUUCUCCCGUCGCCGGAAGAUGCGAAUAAGAAAUUCCUUGCAAAAAACGAUUCAGAAACACCUCUAUGCAUAGCUAGCUUACAUCAUUCAAGGAGUAUAAUAUCUGGUGUUGCAUAUCAUUACCAGACUAUUCCUCAGAGAAUUAAUCAUAAUUCAUCAGUUCAUAACUCAGAAAAAAGAACCUGUAUCAAAGUUCCAUCAUUAAACUCUGCAUUGCUUAGAAAACUGUCCUUUGAAAGUCCAGUGAGCAACACGCAAGUCGCAUUGGCUACUGUCCACCCGUUGCCUCUCCCUCCUGGACUUACGCCUUCUUCCUCACCACAAACCACCGUUCACAAGCCAGAUUUGGUGGCAAAGGCACCGAGACAAAGUAGGUGGCGAAAGGGAAAGCUUAUAGGCCGUGGGACGUUUGGAAGUGUUUAUGUUGGCUCUGACAGAGAGACUGGAGCUUUAUGUGCAAUGAAAGAAGUUGAAAUACUGCCCGAUGACCCUAAAUCCGUCGAGUCUAUUAACCAAUUAGAGCAAGAAAUUGAUGUUUUAAGCCAGCUUAAACAUCCAAACAUUGUACAGUAUUAUGGUAGCGAAAUAGUUGAGGACCGGUUAUACAUAUAUCUGGAGUACGUUCAUCCUGGUUCAAUUAAUAAGUAUGUGCGUGAUCAUUGUGGAGGAAUGACGGAGUCUAUUGUACGAAAUUUUACACGUCAUAUUGUAUCUGGGCUGGCUUACUUGCAUAGCACAAAGACUAUACACAGGGACAUCAAAGGCGCUAAUUUGCUAGUUGAUGCUAAUGGGGUUGUGAAGCUUGCUGACUUUGGAAUGGCUAAACAUCUAGAUGGACAAGUUAAUCUUUCUAUGAAAGGAAGUCCUUACUGGAUGGCUCCCGAGCUCUUACAGGGUGAGCCAAAAGACGGCAGUCCGGAUCUUGCUUUGGCUGUUGACAUAUGGAGUUUGGGUUGUACAAUUAUUGAGAUGAUGAACGGGAAACCUCCUUGGAGUGAGUACGAAGGGCCUGCAGCACUAUUUAAGGUCAUGAAGGAGACUCCACCAAUACCAGAAACAAUGUCACCAGAUGGCAAAGAUUUCUUGCGUAGUUGCUUUACCAGGAAUCCCGCUGAAAGGCCAACGGCUAACAUGUUACUUGAACAUAAGUUCUUAAUGGUGCAAAACCAUUCAAGACCAUUCAAGUUUCAGGGUUGUACAUUUCUAUGAACUUACUUGCCUUUUAUGAAGCUUGGUGUCUUCUAAUUUAUUAGCUAGCUAGCUUGAAGGCAUAAGGAUUUUGUAUAAGGGUGUUUUGGUUUGUAUUUUUACAUGUGUAGGGAAUCGAGCACUUGUUCAGUUAAUAUUCGUGCCCCCAUUACAUGUAGAUUUGAAAAAUAAUCACCUCACCUGACCCUGAAAUGAAAUCAAACUGAUUCGCUUUUUGCUGGAACAUGGUUUCAUUAUUUUGUUAUUUUUGUGGAUUUCGUUGUAAACGUCUUUGUAUUGGUAAGUAAACGACGGAACACUACCCAUCUGAAUGAAAACUGGUUGUUUGAUUCAA